AUGGUCGACGUUCUUCCCCAGUUUAUCCCGGGGAAACGAACUAUCAAGCCGUCGCAAAAAACCAUUGCUUUCGAACAAAUACAACUUGAUAGUUUCCCAACCGCGCAGGCGUCUUUCCUGGCCAGGCAGAGGAUUCUCCAGCUGCUCGAAUGCUAUGGCUUCGAAGGGAACCGAAUGCUGAAACUGGAACCGAGGAUAGCCGAGAUUCAAGAUCUGAACAAAGCGUUACAAUUCUGGACCACGACACUGCAGCCCGAGACGAUUGAUGCUCAUCCUGGGAUCCUCUUCUGGCGGCCAUCUGUUCACACCGAAGCCUUCAAUAAUCUUACCAAAAUCUUCGCCAACACCGAUAUCUCCAGAAUGCUGAACAAAUCCCCACAUAUUAUGAUGGAUGAUUGGGAAGAAGUUGAAGAAAAAAUCGAUUUCGCUCUAUAUACGAUAGGGGCCCGACACAAGGAUAUUGUUUAUUCGAGCUAUCUGUCGUAUAAAAUUGAGCACAUCAGAACGCGAUACAACUUCCUGUUCCGGAGCGGAUUAUACAUCAGGCCUCAUAAGAAAGAUCGGAAAAGGCAUUAUAGUAUCCCCCUCACUGUGAUGAUCGAAUCACCGCAUGCUGAAAUACUCAAAAUGACAGGUUUAUUGGCCGAGGAAUACGCGACCAUGGCGGAGCUCACGAAGAAAGAAAUGGAAAAGGAGGAGAGAGACAUCGCUCACGCGGCAACUCUUUCGAAACGGCAGCUGCGCCCGAAAGGCCGACGCAAGGCAUACGCUACGGAAAUCCCCGAAUAUGAUGAAUCCGGUGACGAUGAAGAUGAUACAGUCGAUGAUGAUGACGACGACGCUGAUGACAAAGAUCAUGAAGGAAGAAAACAGGAUUGAUUCUGAUUGCGGAUCGCUUCUGUAUUGUAGAUAUGCGCGAUUGAUUCAGAGCUUCGAGAAUGAAUUAAACCUAGUGGAACU